CAGAGCUCCGCGGCUCUAGGGCUCAGAGCCAACUCGGAGCAGUGGCUCCCGCCUACGCUCGGCCCGGCAGCUAGCGCCCUCCCUCCCUGAGCAGGUGUGUGUGGAGACCAGAAUGAAGCUGAAAAAGCAGGUGACCGUGUGUGGGGCUGCUAUCUUCUGCGUAGCGGUCUUCUCACUCUACCUCAUGCUGGACCGAGUGCAGCACGACCCCACCCGGCACCAGAAUGGAGGAAACUUCCCCCGGAGUCAGAUUUCUGUGCUGCAGAACCGCAUCGAGCAGCUGGAACAGCUGUUGGAGGAGAACCAUGAGAUCAUCAGCCACAUCAAGGACUCUGUGCUGGAGUUGUCUGCCAACGCGGAGGGCCCACCGGCCCUGCUGCCCUACUUCACGGCCAAUGGCUCCUGGGUGGUGCCACCGGAACCCCAGCCCAGCUUCUUCUCCGUCUCCCCUCAGGACUGCCAGUUUGCUCUGGGGGGCCGGGGCCAGAAGCCAGAGCUCCAGAUGCUAACUGUAUCGGAGGAGCUGCCCUUUGACAACAUGGACGGCGGUGUGUGGAAGCAGGGCUUUGACAUCUCCUACAGCCCACACGACUGGGAUGCAGAAGACCUGCAGGUGUUUGUGGUACCUCACUCUCACAAUGACCCAGGCUGGAUCAAGACCUUCGAUAAGUACUACACGGAGCAGACGCAACACAUCCUCAAUAGCAUGGUGUCCAAGCUGCAAGAAGACCCCCGGCGGCGCUUCCUCUGGGCAGAGGUCUCCUUCUUUGCCAAGUGGUGGGACAACAUCAAUGCUCAAAAGCGAGCAGCAGUCCGAAGGCUUGUGGGAAACGGGCAGCUAGAGAUCGCGACGGGAGGCUGGGUGAUGCCUGAUGAAGCCAACUCCCACUACUUCGCAUUGAUUGACCAGCUCAUCGAGGGCCACCAGUGGCUGGAGAAAAAUCUCGGUACAACCCCACGCUCUGGCUGGGCAGUGGACCCUUUUGGACACAGCUCCACCAUGCCUUAUCUGCUGCGCCGUGCCAACCUGACCAGCAUGCUGAUCCAGAGGGUGCACUAUGCUAUCAAGAAGCACUUUGCUGCCACCCACAGCCUGGAGUUCAUGUGGAGGCAGACGUGGGACUCAGAUGCCAGCACAGAUAUCUUCUGCCACAUGAUGCCCUUCUACAGCUACGACGUCCCCCACACCUGUGGCCCAGAUCCCAAGAUCUGCUGCCAGUUCGAUUUCAAACGCUUGCCUGGUGGACGCAUCAACUGCCCCUGGAAGGUGCCGCCCCGGGCUAUCACGGAGGCCAAUGUGGCUGAGAGGGCAGCCCUGCUUUUAGACCAGUACCGGAAGAAGUCCCGGCUGUUCCGAAGCAACGUCCUCCUGGUACCCCUUGGUGAUGACUUCAGGUAUGACAAGCCCCAGGAAUGGGAUGCCCAGUUCUUCAACUACCAGCGGCUCUUUGACUUCCUCAACAGCAAGCCAGACCUCCAUGUGCAGGCCCAGUUUGGUACCCUCAGUGACUACUUUGAUGCUCUGUACAAGAGGACAGGGGUGGAGCCAGGGGCUCGUCCUCCCGGCUUUCCCGUGCUGAGCGGGGAUUUCUUCUCCUACGCGGACCGGGAGGACCAUUACUGGACAGGCUACUACACUUCUCGACCUUUCUAUAAGAACUUGGACCGAGUCCUGGAAGCGCACUUGCGGGGGGCAGAGAUUCUGUACAGUCUGGCCGUGGCCCACGCCCGGCGCUCUGGAAUGGCCAGCCAGUACCCACUCUCCAACUUCGCCCUUCUGAUGGAAGCCCGGCGCACACUAGGGCUCUUCCAGCACCAUGACGCCAUCACCGGCACCGCCAAGGAGGCGGUUGUGGUGGACUACGGGGUCAGGCUUCUGAGAUCUCUGGUCAGCCUGAAGCAGGUCAUCAUCAAUGCAGCUCAUUAUCUGGUGCUGGGAGACAAGGAGACAUACCACUAUGACCCUGAGGUGCCCUUCCUCCAGAUGGAUGAUACUCGCCUGAAUCACGAUGCCCUGCCGGAGCGCACUGUCAUCCAACUUGAUUCCUCACCCAGAUACGUGGUGCUGUUUAACCCGCUGGAACAGGAGCGGCUCAGCGUGGUGUCCUUGCUGGUCAACUCACCGCGUGUGCGCGUGCUCUCGGAGGAGGGGCAGCCGCUGGCCGUGCAGAUCAGCGCACACUGGAGCUCAGCCACAGACAUGGCCUCUGACGUCUACCAGGUGUCUGUGCCCGUGCGUCUGCCGGCCCUGGGUCUGGGCAUGCUACAGCUUCAGCAGGGCCUUGAUGGCCACCGCACCCUGCCCUCCUCCGUGCGCAUCUACCUGCAUGGUCGGCAGCUGUCCGUCAGCAGGCACGAAGCGUUCCCCGUACGCGUCGUCGACUCGGGUACCGGGGACUUCGCCCUCAGCAACCGCUACAUGCAGGUCUGGUUUUCAGGCCUUACCGGGCUCCUCAAGAGCAUCCGAAGGGUGGAUGAGGAGCAGGAGCAGCGGGUCCACAUGGAGUUCCUCAUCUAUGGCACCCGCACAUCCAAAGACAAGAGCGGAGCCUACCUCUUUCUGCCCGAUGGCGAGGCCAAGCCCUAUGUCCCCAAGGGACCCCCUGUGCUUCGUGUCACUGAGGGCCCUUUCUUCUCGGAAGUGGUGGCUUACUACGAGCACAUUCACCAGGUGGUACGGCUCUACAAUCUGCCAGGAGUAGAGGGGCUAUCUCUGGACGUGUCGUCCCUGGUGGAUAUCCGGGACUACGUCAACAAGGAGCUGGCGCUACGGUUCCACACCGACAUUGACAGCCAGGGCGUCUUCUUCACUGACCUCAAUGGCUUUCAGGUACAGCCCCGGCGGUAUCUGAAGAAGCUGCCUCUCCAGGCCAACUUCUACCCUAUGCCUGUCAUGGCUUACAUCCAGGACACGCGAAAUCGCCUCACUCUGCACACUGCCCAAGCCCUGGGGGUCUCUAGCCUCAGCCAUGGCCAGCUGGAGGUGAUCUUGGACCGACGGCUGAUGCAGGAUGACAACCGGGGUCUCGGCCAAGGACUCAAGGACAACAAGAGAACCUCUAACCGUUUCCGCCUCCUGCUAGAACGGCGAACUGUGGGCAGUGAGGUCCAAGAUGGCCACACUACCAGCUACCCGUCACUCCUCAGCCACCUGACCUCUAUGUACCUGAACACCCCGGCACUCGCCCUGCCUGUAGCCAAGAGGCAGCUCCUGGACCCUGGUUUACGUUCAUUCCAUCCUCUGGCUUCCUCACUGCCUUGUGACUUCCACCUGCUCAACCUGCGGACACUUCAAGCUGAGGAUGAUGCCCUGCCCUCAGCAGAGACCGCACUGCUCUUACACCGCAAGGGUUUUGACUGUGGUCUUGAGGCCAAGAACUUGGGCUUCAACUGUACCACAAGUCAAGGCAAGGUGGCCCUGGGGAACCUUUUCCAUGGCCUGGAUGUGGGUUUCCUGCAGCCAACCUCCCUGACGUUACUGUACCCCCUGGCCUCGCCCCCCAACAGCACCGACAUCUACUUGGAGCCCAUGGAGAUCGCCACCUUUCGCCUCCGCUUGGGCUAGGGCUUCUUGAGGCCUGAAGACAAGUUCACCCACAGAAACUGCCUCUUAACAUGGGAUCAGGCUGGACAAGCCACACUGGAUACCCUGUCCUGCUCUGCCUCUCAGAACUGUGACAGACUGGGCUCUGCCUUCAUUUUCUGUUUAUUGUUGCUUCUGUGUUUGGGGGCAACCCGCAAGCCCGGUGUUGGGUAGGUAGGGCAGGUACCAGUG